AUGGCUGCCCUCCCGAGGACAAUUGCAUCGCGACUGCUCGCCCCUGCCCUGCGGCCCUCCGCGACGAGGGUCAUCGCCCCCUCCUUCCGCACCUAUGCGACCAACGAGCCCACUCCCCACGGCCACAAGACGAGCUCCGAAGAUGCGCCCGCCGUCAAACUCACGAGCGAGUCCACCCAGAUCCGCGAGGAAAACGCCGCAGAGGGCAUGAGGCACCAGCCAGACUACAAUGUCGCCAUUGACUACCGGACCUCCAACUUCUCCCCGGUUCCCAAGCGCGUCAUGGACGGCAGCGAGCCCGGUGACAGUGUUGCGGCUGCCGUUCUAUCCGGCGCCCCCACCGACCUCCAGGCGCGUACUGUUCGCAUCUACAAGCCCUCCAAGACAGCCACACAAUCCGGCGACUGGAACGCCUCGCACUGGCUGAUGGACUGGGACGUCCUCCCCAAGGGCCACCGAUGGGAGAACCCGCUCAUGGGCUGGCAGUCGUCUGCCGACUUCAUGAACGGCCACCGGAUACAGUUCAAGUCCAAGGAGGAUGCCAUCAAAUUCGCUAACAAGCAAGGCUACGAGUACUUUGUCCAGGAACCUAACAAGCGGAAGACCGUCCCCAAGGCAUAUGCCAACUUGUUCAGUCACAGCCCAAAGAAGCUCAAGAUCAUAACAACCAAGUAA